AUGGCGAACCGGCUACUGCGUCUGACCUGCAGCGGACUUCUGAUGUGCAUCUCCAUGGGGAUGUCGCAGGAGGCUGGGGCCCGGCGGAUCAGGUACUCAGUACCCGAAGAGGUGGCCAAAGGCGUCUUCGUGGGCAAUAUUUCCAAGGAUCUGGGGCUGGAGCCCUGGGAUUUGGAGGAGCGCCGAGUGCGCAUUGUCUCUGAAGGGAAGACGCAGCUUUUCGCUCUGAAUCCGCGAAGUGGCAGCUUGAUCACAGGGGGCAGGAUAGACCGGGAGGAGCUCUGUGAGACAGAAGCUUCUUGUUUGUUGAAUGUGGAAAUACUAGUGGAGGACACUCUGAAGAUUUACGGCGUGGAGGUGGAGAUCGUGGAUAUUAAUGACAAUGCCCCCCGCUUCCAGGAGGAGGGGAUAGAGAUAAAAAUCAGCGAGCAAGCAACUCCUGGAUCCAGAUUUCCCCUUCCUAUCGCGAGGGAUGCGGAUGUGGGCGUGAACUCCCUCUUGCGCUACCAGCUCAGCCAAAAUAGUUACUUUUCCUUGCAAAUGCGAGGCGGAACCAAUGGGGCCAAUAACCCAGAACUCGUGCUGGAGGGGAGCUUGGACAGGGAGAAAAAGGCUAUUCACCAUCUAGUCCUCACAGCCUUAGAUGGAGGAGAGCCCGUCCGCCAGGGCUCGGUUCCCAUCCGUGUGUUGGUCCUCGAUGUCAAUGACCAUGUGCCAAAGUUUACACAGUCUGUGUAUCAAGUGAACAUCCCUGAGAACCUUAACUCUGGAACCCGGGUUCUCAUUGUCAAUGCAACUGAUCCCGAUGAGGGAAUCAAUGGAGAAGUAGAGUAUUCAUUCCCUAAUAUGGACCGCAAGGCAUCUGAAACAUUCCAUUUGGAUUCGAGGUCAGGCGAAGUUCUAAUACGGGGAUCUCUGGAUUUUGAAAAAUGUAGAUCCUAUGAAAUGGAAAUCCGAGGCCAAGAUGGAGGAGGUCUCUCCACCACUGUUAAAAUGUUGGUUACAGUCAUGGAUGUGAAUGAUAAUGCUCCGGAAAUCACUAUCACUUCUUCUACUAACUCAGUGCUGGAAAAUUCUCCUCCAGGUACAGUAAUUGCCCUUCUAAAUGUACAAGAUCGAGACUCUGGGAAAAAUGGGCAAGUCUUCUGUUUCAUUCCUAACAAUCUACCUUUUAAAUUAGAAAAGACUUAUGGGAAUUAUUAUAAGUUAAUAACAAAUAGAGAACUGGACAGGGAGCAGGUCCAGAGCUAUAAUAUAACGUUGACAGCCACAGAUCAGGGAAGUCCACCUUUAUCUACAGAAGCUCAUAUUUCACUGAACGUGGCAGAUGACAAUGAUAAUCCACCCACCUUUGCUCACCCCUCUUAUUCUACCUAUAUUCCUGAAAACAACCCCAGAGGAGCCUCCUUCUUCUCCGUGACGGCAUUUGACAAGGACAGCAAAGAGAAUGCCCAGAUCACUUACGCUCUGGCCGAGGAUACCUUACGAGGAGCACCCCUGUCCUCCUAUGUCUCCAUCAACUCAGACACAGGCGUCCUCUAUGCACUGCACUCCUUCGACUAUGAACAGUUCCGUGACCUGCAGUUGUGGGUGACAGCACGGGACAGUGGCAACCCGCCACUCAGCAGCAAUGUGUCAUUGAGUAUAUUUGUGCUCGACCAGAAUGACAAUGCUCCUGAGAUCCUAUACCCCACACUCCCUACUGAUGGCUCCACAGGGGUGGAACUGGCUCCCCGCUCUGCAGAGCCUGGCUACCUGGUGACCAAAGUGGUGGCAGUGGAUAGAGACUCGGGCCAGAAUGCCUGGCUGUCCUACCGCCUGCUCAAAGCCAAUGAGCCAGGGCUGUUUGCCGUGGGGUUGCACACCGGUGAGGUGCGCACUGCCCGUGCCCUGCUGGACAGAGAUGCGCUCAAGCAGAGCCUGGUGGUGGUGGUCCAGGACCAUGGGCGGCCCCCUCUCUCAGCCACUGUUACACUCACAGUGGCCGUUGCUGACAGCAUCCCCGAUGUCCUGGCAGACCUGAGCAGCAUCAGUGCCCCCACCAACCAAGACGACUCAGACCUCACGCUCUACCUGGUGGUGGCAGUGGCCGUGGUCUCCUGUGUCUUCCUGGCCUUUGUCAUCAUGCUGCUGGCACUCAGGCUGAGGCGAUGGCAUUCAUCGCGCCUGCUGCAGGCUUCUGCAAGUGGAUUGGCUGGUGUGCCCGCCUCGCACUUUGUGGGCGUGGACGGGGUCAGGGCUUUCCUGCAGACCUACUCGCAUGAGGUGUCCCUGACUGCGGACUCGCGCAAGAGUCACCUGAUCUUCCCGCAGCCCAACUAUGCAGACACCCUCAUCAGCCAAGAGAGCUGUGAAAAAAGCGAGCCUCUCUUGAUAGCUGAAGAUUUAGCUACCGGUUUAGGCAAGUGUGAUUCUACUCAGCAUAAGAGUAACUCUAGAUGUAAGGGAACGUCAAAACAUAAGGGAAGACAUAGGAAAGAUAAUGUGCAUGUUUGCCACGAGGCAUCCUACAUGGUCCAUAUGGCCAAGAAUAAUCCUCCAUGGGCCUCAAUCAGUACUUUUGAACUUGACCUGGGUCUCAACGGCCAAAUCUCCUACUCCAUUGUGGCCAGUGACCUGGGGCCUCCAGAUCUUGCACAGUGGAAUGGUGUUCACACCUCGAGCCAUCCACAAUUAGGUGACGCCUGUCUCAGCACCAAUGUGAACCUGCUCGUGCUGGUGUGCGACCUCAAUGACAACACUCCCAGGGUGCUACACCCUACCCUAAGGACCUACAGCUCUGCACUCUUUGACAUGGUGAACCGAGCCUCAUAG